AUGCGCAAGAUAAAACACAUGCUGACAUCAUCAUCAUCGCUUCGUGUGUCGUCAAUUCACCAUCGGUAUUGCUGCUUUGAUGGUCGUCGUGGCACGUCCUUACCCUCGUCGUCGUCGUAUACGUCGUCUAAAGCUUUCAACGCGUCGUCUUCGUCCUCGUCUUCGCUUCCAAACGACGUUUUGGAGAAUGCGCAAAAGACGAUUCAGACGACGGGGAAGCCACUGAAGCAUCGUCCACCAAACUUUGAUUUCACGGCACUGGUGGCAUCCAUCGCGUCCAUCCGCUCGAGAUUACCACUAAAAGUGACCAAUUGCAUGCAAUUAGAUCCACACACGCUGACGAUGCACUUUAUAAACGAGGAGAGGGAGAAGUUGGUGGUGCAAUGCAGCUCGCACCCGGAUUUUGCACGAGUCGCUUUAGUACCGCGCGGCGAAGCGACAUCGAGGACGACGCAGACGAUGCAGACGAAAAAGCGAGACCGGUUAUCGUUUGGCGUUCUCGCGAACGAGAUUUUGAGAGAUAAAGUUUUAGUCGAAGCGUUUGUCCCGGUGAAGUUUGAACGCGUGUGCGUGUUUCGAUUCGCCGAACGCGCCGUCGCCGGCGAGAGCGAAUACGAGGUCGUGUGCGAAGUGACCGGGAGGAAGAGUAACGUCAUCAUAGUAGAUUCAAAGACGAGAAAUGUGGUCGCUGCGUCGCACCAAGUCGGGGAGAAACAGUCGCAGGUGAGAAGCGUGGUUUUGGGGAAGCCUUACGCGUUUCCGCCGCCGCCGCCGGGGAAAGAUCCGAUGGAGAUUGGAGACUGCGAAGCGUUUCGGAAAGCGAUUUUGAACGACGAGGACGGCGAAGACGAUGACAAAAACUUUGGUUCGCUUUCGAAAGCGUUUCAAGGCGUAUCACCGGCGUUAGAGCGGACGUUGCGCGCAAUAGCCGCCGCCAAUGCUACGGUAGGAGCAAAUGAGACGAAAACGAGUGAGUAUUACGAAGCACUUUUCGAUGCGUUUGCGCGAUGGCGCGCCAGCGUCGACCGCGCGUUAGAAGCAGUAGAAGACGAAGACGAGCGAGCGAAAAACGUCAAGGCGUAUUUUAGCGAGCACACGCGACAGAUUCUCCUUCACGAAACGGAAAAUGCCGUCAUGGUUAAAGACGACGACGAAAAUGAGAACGAGAAUGAGGACGAAACCCGAAGAACAUCACUCGGCGCGAUCUUCACAGAAAUGUACGAAGAAAAAUCGAACGAAAACGAAUACGAAUCCGAGCGCAACGAUUGUUUGAAAGCCGUGAAGACCGCGUUGCAAAAAUCCGCGAACAAAAAAGCUGCGUUUGAGAAACAAAUCAAAGCCGGCGAGAAGCACGACGAGAUGUCCUUGGAAGCGGACGCGAUCAUGGCGUACGCUUCGCAGUAUAAGAAAAACGACGAUUUUGUCAACGGUUUUGAUUUCGAAACCGGCGAACCGAAAACGUUCAAGGUGGAUAAAGAUCUCGGCGCGAUUGGUACCGCGGAAGCUUUGUAUAAAAAAGCGAGAAAGUUGAGGAGAACCGCCGACGCGGUGUUUCCUUUGAUGGAAGAGUUAGAGAAAGAAAGAGAAUACUUUGAACAGGUGGAGUUUAAUUUGCGCGAACUGUCUCUCGGAGCGGUCGACGAUGAAGAAACUUCUUCUUCUUCUUCGUCGUCGUCUUCCUUGGAGGACAAGAUUGUUCUCGAGGAAAUUAAAAUCGAGCUCGUGCGCGCCAACUUGAUGAAACCGAGAGAUAAGCAAUCGGCGAACGAAGCUAAAGCGAUGAAGGCGAAGAAGAAAAACAACAACAACGGUAGUAAUAAAAAUAGCAAUAGCAAACAGUCGCGGAAAGAGCAACUCAUGUCGGGCGUUCGACAGUACGUGGCGCCUUCGGGUAAAAUCGUGCUCUGCGGCCGCAACUCUCGAGGGAACGAAGCCGUCUCUCUGCAUCUUUCGCAGCCUCAAGACGUGUGGUUUCACGUCCGCGGGGCGCCAGGUUCGCACGUUGUUUUACGACAACAACCUGGCGCGAUAGCAAGUGACGAGGAUAUGCAGUUUGCGGCUGAUUUAGCCGCGUUUCAUUCGAAAGUUCGGAACGACGGAAAGGUUCAAGUGAGUUACACGUCGCCGAAGAACGUUCGCAAACCGAGCGGCGUAUCGAGACUCGGUAUGGUGACGAUAACGAAAGAAGAGGUGAUGAUUGGACGACCGGACGAUAGCGUAUCGUUUAAAAACGGAGAAACCGGCCGCGCGCGAGGAGACGUCACGGAAGACGGGUUCGAUUAA